AUGUAUCGCCAGUCUUUCUUGGCCCUUAUCGCCUCCUUAGUUGGACUCUGCAUCGCAGCAACACCUGCCGAAUGGAGAAGUCGGUCUAUAUAUUUUCUCUUGACUGAUAGGUUCGCAAGGACGGAUAAUUCAACGACUGCUUCCUGCGACACUAGCGCAAGAGAAUACUGCGGCGGAUCAUGGCAGGGCAUAAUAAACCAGCUUGAUUAUAUUCAAGGCAUGGGUUUCACUGCCAUCUGGAUUACACCCGUCACAGAACAAUUGCAAGGCGAUACUGGAGAUGGAACUGCAUACCAUGGAUAUUGGCAGCAGAAGGUCUACUCAGUCAAUUCCAACUAUGGCACGGCCGAUGAUCUGAAAGCCCUCGCGACAGCCCUACAUGAUCGGGGCAUGUAUCUCAUGAUCGACGUAGUUGCUAAUCACAUGGGAUACGCCGGUUCAGGAGAUUCCGUAGACUAUAGCAUUUUUGAACCUUUCAACAACCAGGAAUACUUUCAUCCAUACUGCGAAAUUUCCAACUACAACAACCAAACUGACGUUGAAGACUGUUGGCUGGGCGACACCACAGUUUCCCUACCAGACUUGAACACAACCAGGUCAGACGUGCAAGAUCUGUGGUAUAGUUGGAUUGGUUCUCUGGUGUCUAACUACUCUGCCGACGGUAUCAGGAUCGAUACUGUGAAGCAUGUCCAACAGGACUUCUGGCCUGGCUAUAAUGAUGCCGCAGGUGUUUACGCGGUUGGGGAAGUGUUCGAUGGUGACCCAUCAUAUACGUGUCCUUACCAGAACUAUUUGGACGGACUAUUGAACUAUCCAAUAUAUUAUCCUCUCCUUGGAGCCUUCGAGUCCACCAGCGGUAGUAUUAGCGACCUCUAUAACAUGAUCAACACCGUCAAGUCCGAGUGUGCCGAUUCAACUCUUCUGGGCACAUUUGUUGAGAACCAUGAUAACCCCAGAUUCGCCAGUUAUACAUCCGAUUACGCCCUCGCGAAGAACGCAAUUGCAUUUACGAUCUUGUCAGAUGGUAUCCCGAUUAUCUAUGCGGGUCAAGAACAGCACUACAGUGGUGGAAGCGACCCUGCCAACCGCGAAGCUACCUGGCUUUCGGGAUAUGACACAAGCAGUGAACUUUACACUUUCAUUGCGGUUUCGAAUGCCAUUCGCAAUCAUGCGAUAAACGCCGACGAUGGCUAUGUCACUUACAAGAAUUACCCAAUUUAUCAAGACGACACCACCAUUGCCAUGCGUAAAGGAAGCAAUGGCACCCAGGUGGUCACCGUGUUAUCCAAUCUUGGUGAAUCGGGGAGUUCGUACACGCUGUCGCUAUCAGGCACUGACUACAAUGCGGGCCAGGAGCUAACAGAAGUCUACACCUGCACGAGCGUCACGGUCGACGAGAGCGGCAACGUCCCUGUUGCGAUGGCAAGCGGGCUACCGAGGGUAUUCUAUCCGACUGAGAGUCUGAGUGGGAGUGGUCUUUGUCAGUGA